AUGGUCAAGCGAUCGACCCAAUGCACAGACGGUGCCGCGGCUUUCCGCAAGCGUCAGAAGCUCACCCAGAAUACUCCGACAGGCGAGCUUGUCACGUCAAGCGAACAGCUCCAGCAGCUCUUGACCUUUGACCAAGAUAUGCGCAAUGCUCACCACGGACUUCAGUCAUUCAAGCGGCUCCUCGAUGAUAUUAUUUCUUGCGAUGACGACCGGAAACAGAAACUCGCCAUCUUGCAGGGCUACCUGGAGAGCAUCAAGCCGCGAGACACGAGCGAGGAAGCCGUCCACCUCCGCGAUAUCAUGGAGAUGUGGUCAUUCUCUAUUCAGGUGAAUGAUGAAGGCGUCAUGUCAUUUGUUGCUAUUGUUCUCGCCCUCGUGCUUCAGGUGCUGUCCGAGUCUCUGCAUCUGGUGCCAUUCGGACUCGGCAUUUGUCAGACCUUGGUCCAGGAAUCACAACUCAAAUGCAUAUCAAGGAACCUUGGAUCUGAAAAAGGCAAAGGGUUCAUCAUUUCACCCACUCUGCGGCUGCUGCGUGAAGCUGUCAGCUUUGAUGGUGGAGCUUUUGCAAAGAAAAUCGUGCGCGCCAGAAUCCAUACCUUGACAUCGUUGGGACGAAAUAUGGAAAUUGGCCAUGUGAGAGAUGCGCAGGAGGGUAGCCGAAAAGCUUCGGUUAGAACCAAUGCUAUACGAUUUUUCUUGAGCUGCCUCAAAUACUUACACUCCGAAGGCCGACGAGAGCUUCUUUCACAACGAGAUCUAUUGUCACACCUGACAUAUAUGAUGAAGAAUGACCCUCCAGAUCUUGUCAUAGAUAUCAUGGAAUCUUUGAAGGCAAACGUGUUAGCUGACGGAAGAAUCGCUCGCGAGAUCAAGUUCAAAGCAUUCAACACCAAGAUUUUGAUGCGUGUCCUGUCGCUCUACUCAUAUUCCAACCCGACUGCCAACGCCGACGAGAAAGAUCUUGUUUGCGAAAAGGCGCACCAACUUUUAACAUUUGCCUGUACGACUCCCAGUGCUGGCAUACUCUACCCAUACAAAGGACUUUAUCCAAAAGAAGCCGAGGAUGAAUUUUCGGCGCUUUCAAGAGGAAACAAAAAUAAUGAGGCAAAUGGCGACCCUUGGGAAGGCAGGCUUCCAGAGGGGGUUCCUGUUUACAACUUUGCACUCUCUGAAUUCAUUGGCAAGCUUAGACCAUGGUCCAAUCUGAAGCACUGCGAGCUCUUGGUUGCCAUUUUUGGUGCUGCGCCAGAGCUCAUCUCGGACUAUUUCUUCAAUAGUCAGUCAUUCACCUUCGAGCCCAAAUUGACCAUGACAUGGGUCGGAUACGCAGCAUUCUUGCUCAACACUAUGAUGAUCCCGCUCCGUGCAUCAUUUGGCGACCCUUCACGAUACGCGGUUAUGCCCCCUCCGACUUCAGUUCUCCUCGACAAUAUCAUCCCCAGGCCGAUCAAUCAGAAAGUCCUCAUCCGUUGCCUGUCGCAAAAGUCUCACCUGACUUCUUUCUUUGCAACAAGAAUCCUUGUUGCAGCGCUGGAAAAGCUUUCAGCGGCGCUUGGGAUGCUCGAUGGUCGAUCAAGGCGGAGGAACGCAGUGUGGAUGGAGGCCAGCCGGCGACUGGUGGACAUGUUUUGUCAGAAGAUACCGGAUAUGAAAGAACUUGUUCGUUGCUACAAAACCAUACCAGCUGAGAACAUCCUUCACAGGACUCUGACAAGCCGCCUGUUGCGGUUGUACUAUGAAGUUGUCCCUCGAGUUGCGCUGGCCGCUAACUUUGAUGUGUCUACCUUCUUUACCAGUGUCCUGGCAGACCUUGGCCGCGACAGUGUCGAAGCAGAGCCCAGAGAAUUGGGCCUGAUGGAACUAGAAAACUUGGUCUUGAUUGCCAGCUACUCACCUGGCAUGAGAUGGUUUGUAAAACACGAGUCGGUCGGGCAUGGCUAUGCCUCCUCGCCAUUCAAUGCACUCUUACAAUUGUUGUGCAGUGAUGAAGAAGUUGCGCGACUUGGUCAACUGAAAACUAUCCUAGGGGACGUUGCAGUAGAAAGUCAAGUCGUGACGAGGCCUGCAGAUCUCAAAACUUUAUUACAAGCCCUGCGAUGUGCGAGGGAAAAUUUGGGGUCUGCGGGAAUGGAGACGGUGUGGUCUUUCUUGGAUAAUUGUGUCAACCGGUGCGCCAAUUCACCCAUAAAGUAUUUGGACCUCAUGAAGGAUUAUUCUUCAAAGCCAACCGGUUCCGAGUCGGGUGACAGCACAUCUUUACUCAACGUUGCGAUCAUGGACCAAUUGCCGUAUGUUCUCGACGCAGGAGAUGAGAAAGUCGCCCAUCAACUGGCAACUUUUGUAUCAUUCUUUUUCAACGCUACUUGGGCGUCAAGCAGGGAUAGCGUGUCAAUGGAACGUCUGCACAGGCAAGUGGCAAACCUCUUUUCUAGAACAUCAGCCAGCUUUGCCGAUCUUGGAAAUACGAAGCAAGUCAAGGCGCUAGAGAAGCAUGACGGAAUCGUGUGGACGAUGCGGCAACCAAUCCGUGGCGGUGAAGAGGAAGCGGAUGGCGUCACUUUCAGUCAAGCAUCGCUGGAGGAGAUGCUCCACGUCCCUUUGCCGUUUGAUGAGGAUGCCACAGUGCUCGCGAAAUGGGCAUCCAAAAGCGUGGAAGACAUGAUAGAAGACGGAUGGGCAGCAGGUCUGGCGCGGCUCUUGGCUUCUGAGCACAUGCACUUGCGAAAAGAGGCGCUGACCGGCAUUCUCAAAAUGGCGGCACAAAUCAAGGACUCGGCGUACGAGGAGAAGAUGCAGAUCUGGCUGCUCCUGUCGGAAGUGGCAGAGUCAUCGAGGGCGCAAGUUGACAGUGGCCCCGUUCCUUCGGCAUUCACCGCAUUCACGGUUCACGCAUUGGAGGUUCUCAAGAAUCCUCUCCAUCCGCUGUAUCCCAAAGUCAACUCGUACCUUACGCGCAGCCCUGUCUGGGGACUGGAUAAACUUCCCAUGGUGCAUGAUAUCCUCCACGGGACACCAUCGGAAGACGACAAGUACUAUACGGAGCUCUCGUGGCUGCUCGACUACCUGCUGGACGGUCUCAGAAAUCCACUGGAUCUCGGCAUAUUCCACAAGAAGCGCUGGUUCGAGAAGAUAUUCGCUCUGGGGAGCAACCCAUAUCUGCGCUCGGCCUUGCGGACCAGGCUCCUCAAGCUCGUGUACAGGGCGACCUGUAUUGAGACUGGAAGCACGACUCUGGUGACGAGAUUUGGCAUCCUCAGCUGGCUGGACUCACAGAGGGUCUGUUGCGACGUGGACGAGACGGCGGCCGUGUACGCGGCCCUCAUCAAAAGGGUCUGGGAGACGUGCGAUGAAGCUCGCGUUCGCGGCUGGAGCAAAGGUGGCGUCGAUGAAUAUUUGGAAAAGACAUGCAAUGAACAGAGGACGCGCGAGAGAAGAGGAAUUAAAUAA